ACCGCUUCUUUGAACCUGUUCAAGAAAAGCUCAAUGACGUUUCCCUAACCCGGAAAUAGCAUUUAGACAGCUGAGAGAGAGAGUGAGAGAGAGAGAGAAGUAAAUCACUCUUCCCGGAGCUUAGCGUUGUACCACAGCACCAUAAGCGCUUCUUCCGAAUUUACACGUAAAGUGCACGUCUCUUUGCGGGUCUGCGACCUCGGCCGAGUGCCUGGGCGGGCCUUCUUUCCACCCGUCUCCUUCGUCUACUGGUACCUUGUCAUGGGGAACCUACUGAAAGUGUUGACAUGUACAGACCUUGAUGAGGAGCCCAAUUUCUUCCUCGACUUUGAAAACGCACAGCCUACAGAGGCCGAGCAGGAGAUCUGGGAGCAGGUGGACGUGGUCCUGAAGGAAGCUCGUACUGUCCUUGAUGAGCUGAGGGCCUAUAAAGGAGCAACGCAAGCGAUAAGAGAGGCGAUCCAGAACCCAAGCGACGAGGGACUGCAGGAGCAGGCCUGGACUGCUGUGUUGCCGCUCGUGGGCAAACUCAAAACCUUCUACCAGUUCUCGCAGAGAUUAGAAGCAGCACUGCACAGCCUUUUGCGAGCCCUGACCAAUGAGACGUAUAGUGAUCCCACGCAGCACCUGGAGCGUGAGCAGGCGCUCGCCAAGCAGUUCGCCGAGAUCCUGCACUUCACACUCUGUUUCGACGAGCUCAAGAUGACAAAUCCCGCUAUACAGAACGACUUCAGUUACUACCGGAGGACUCUGAGCCGCAUGAGGAUGAAUAAUGUUCCAGCAGAGGGAGAAAGUGAGGUCAACAAUGAGCUAGCCAAUAGAAUAUCUCUAUUUUAUGCCGAUGCCACGCCCAUGCUGAAGACGAUGAGUGACGGCACGACAAAGUUUGUGUCUGAGAACAAGAACUUGCCUAUUGAGAACACGACAGACGUGUUGAGCACCAUGGCCAGCGUUUGCAAAGUCAUGUUGGAGACACCGGAGUACCGGAGCCGUUUUAGCAGGGAGGACACCGUAUCCUUCUGCCUGCGGGUCAUGGUGGGCGUGAUCAUCCUCUAUGACUACGUCCAUCCUGUUGGCGCCUUCGCCAGGUCCUCCAAAAUAGAUAUGAAAGGGUGCAUAAAAGUCCUCAGAGAUCAGCCUCCAAACAGUGUGGAAGGCCUAUUAAACGCUCUCAGGUACACAACAAAGCAUCUGCACGAUGACUCUACUGCUAAGACCAUUAAGACCAUGCUGCAGUAAUAACCCACUCUGGGUUAUACACAUGACUAGCCUUGCACAACUGUUCCAGGGACACGCCCCCUCCCAAACAAUGGCUAAGCACAGAAUGUUUUUAUAUGAAAAUAAAAAUCAGAUACAUGCUUCUCUUAAAAAAUAAAUAAAGUGAAUGCUAUUGCCAUUCUGUGUUUCUGUUUGUGCCAAAUCUGUUCUCCUGAAAAAUAUUUUCAAACCUGCAAAAUAUGGCCAUGUUACUGAUGGCAGCUACCGUAUGGGGGACAAAAAAAAGCAUUGUGGGAUUAUUUUUGUGGUUAUUGUAAUUUAACUUCUUUACCUGUAAAGGGGAAGAAGAGUGUCUUUGACUUGAAAAUUUAUAUAUAUAU